UCUCAAUGCAUCGCCAGUCGCGUAUCAGCCCGAUGUGAUGUUAGUCGCGCUCUGCGUUGUCGUUUCGCGCGCUUUCGUGUUUUGUUCGAUUGUUGUUUUAUGAUAUUGACAUAAUUAUUGUUGUUCUGAAAUUGUUGUGACUGUGUGGGAAACUUUGGUGUAGUGUUUGGAUUGCGAACCGAUUUCAGAUAAUGCCAAUAACCACAUGAGAAAGAACAUACAAAUGUAUAUAACACCGCACCAUGAGACUCACAUAUGAGCCAAUAUGGCGGCUGUGUUACUAAAACCGCGCGCACUCGGGGAUGAUUCCGAAUUCAAAAAUAGAACGGUAAAGCGCAGGAAACGAUGGCCGGAUGCGUGCAUUUGGAUCCUGCUGGCGGACAUCUUGUUUGCCGGUUGUCAUGGUUACCAGGAACAGAGGUUCGCAAUGGAGCCGCAAGAUCAGAGUGCGAUAGUCGGCUCGCGGGUAACUCUUCCCUGCCGUGUGGAGAACAAAAUCGGCAGUCUACAAUGGACGAAGGACGACUUCGGCCUCGGCACUCAUCGCAACCUCAGCGGAUACGAGCGGUACUCCAUGAUAGGCAGCGACGAGGAAGGCGAUUACUCUCUAGACAUAAGAGAUGUGACUUUAGAAGACGACGGCAGUUACCAGUGUCAAGUUAGCUCCGGCCUCAAUGGGGAACCGGCUAUAAGGUCGAGGUACGCGCAACUGACAGUGCUGGUCGCGCCCGACCCCCCACGGAUCCCUCAGGGGGCCUUCAUAGAUGCAAUAGAGAACCAACCUGUGGAUAUCGAGUGCGUUUCCGAAGGCGGAAAACCUGCAGCUGAGAUAACCUGGGUGGAUGGGAACCAAGUAGUCAUAAAGAAGAAUGUAGAGAGUAGAGUAGAGAUGUUACCAGAUGAACAGAGAUAUAGAACCAGAUCAGUAUUGCGGUUAGUGCCUAACAAGGAACACCACAACCAGACAAUAACCUGCCAAGCGCAGAACACUGCGGAUAGAGCCUACAGGAUGGCCACUGUUCAUGUAGAGGUUAAAUACGCUCCUAAGAUCAAAGUAUCCGUCAAGAGUGCGACAGUGAACAACAAGAUACCUGAAGGAACCGAGGCCCGGAUUCGAUGCCUGGUUGACGCUAAUCCUCCCGCUCAAAUCUACAGGUGGUACCUGAAUGGUAACCCUGUGGUUGGGGACUAUACCGAUGAAAUGAUAAUUUUCAACGUGUCCCGUAAACACAAUAAAGGCGUAGUCAAGUGCGAAGUGAGCAACUCUGCGGGAGUGAAUGAGGCUUCUCUCACAUUAAAUGUUACUUAUCCUCCAUCAUUUCGCACGAGGCCCCGUAACAUAGAGGCGGAGGAAGGUGCCAGUGUCACUUUAAGCUGCGAUGUUGACGGUGACCCUAAGCCGGAGAUACGUUGGCUUUAUCACGAACCAGGCCGAAUCGGGCAGGUCAAGGGGAAGGCGCCCAAUCUGAAGGUCUACGUAGAGAGACGUACAGCUGGGCGGUACAUCUGCAAGGCAACUGUGGAUGGAUACCCGGAGAUUGAGAGUGAGGCCACCAUCUUCAUUAAAGGUGCACCAAAGAUCCUGUCAAACAGAACGCAGAUAGGCUCGGAGGGCGAGCGAGUGACGGUGGAGUGCGAGGCGCGGUCGGUGCCGAGGCCUGAUGACAUCCGCUGGUUCUUCGAAGGGCGGGAGAUCAGCGCUAUACACGACCCGGACUAUGCGACGGUGGAAGAGAGUUUACCAGACGGGAUCGUAAAGUCAAGUUUAGUGAUACGUGCCAGUCAGUCCAAACACUUCGGCUUAUACAACUGCAGUGUUACCAACGAAUACGGCAACGCAAAUGCUGCUAUAACUCUUAAACCACUGAAAUCUCUGCCACUUUUCAUUAUUUUAAUCGGAGUGACCUCGGGCAUAAUCGUCUUCUCCGGUUUUGUCAUUCUCCUCGUAAUGUGCCAUAGAAGGAGAAGGAGAAAGAGCCAGCAGAUGAGUGAGAAGCCUGACGUCACUGUCACAACCGGUGACAUGUACAAAGAAAGUGACAGAAGUUCCAAUAUAAGCGACCUAAAGCUGCAGUUACCACAGAGCGAUGGGAGUUACGAUUUGGAAUACACGAGCUCUGAACGUUCGGACAGCAAGAACCCCGCAGGUCUUCCGUUGGCUGGUCCCGUGCCGCUGCCCAGCAUUCGUCACGAUGACCCCAUGCUACAGUUUCGAUAUAGCAAUGACUACUCCGACCCCACCUAUGCGGGUACUUACUUUAAGAAUCCCGCAGCGUACGUCUAUGACUACCCACAGGGGUACGCGCCGCCGCCGCACCUAAAGGUUCAAUCGCCUACGCAACUGGAGGUGCCGUCCACGAACAGAUCUCUUCAAGGAUCAUUGACGCGCAGCAUCGACACCGCGUCAACACUCCCAUUGUCAGCGGGCAAUGGAUCGCAGAACAAUUCUUUGAAACGAACGAACAAAUCCGACGAAACUGACGCAAUUAACAAUUUGGGCUUACCUGUUGGAGAAGGCCCACAAGCGCAAGGUCAAGUCCCAGUGUAUGCCCAAACGGGCCCUAAGAACAACAUCGGCGUGGACUUGCGGUAUGCUGCAACCUAUGGCAACCCUUAUCUUAGAAAUAGUUCUAUAGGUUACAACAACCAAGUGCACACAGCGAAGCCAGCGGCCACGCCGGCGCCGCCGCCGUACUCCGCCGUUCGUAACUCCGUAGCACUACCAGGUACAUAGCACCGAGGGUAAACUACAAUGGUAAUGGAACCCAGACGACACAAGCGACGCAUGUGUAGCGAAAGUGUAAAAAUACAAUAAGGCUUGUGUAAACAUGGACAUUAUUGAUUACAGAUAGUAAUUGUAAUAUAUUAUGUUCCUAUAUGCGACUGAAGUGUAAAUACGAAUGUUAGGUUAGGUGUACACGUGUAAAAAAAAAAAAAAAAAUUUCGCGCCGUUUAUUAAGUUCGGCGAUGAAUAUGUCGCUAACUUACUGUAAAAUCUGUGUUGAAUUGACAAGUGAUAACUUAUUACGUAUGACGAAUUUAUCAUGACUUUAUAAUCAGUCAAGAUUUAUGAAAAAAGUAAAAAAAAAAUAUUUUUUAGAAAAAAAAAAAAUUGUUUUUGUCGGCUUUCGUGAUUCUAUGUUACGUAAUAAAAUAAAAUGUUUAAGCUUGUCUAUAACAACCAUUGAUAUGAUGAAAUAACAUCUCCAAAAGUUAAAAAAAAAAUUGGGAACUGAUUUUUUUGUAGUUAAUAUUAUUAUUUCUAUUAGUUUAUGUUAUUAUAGAAGUGUAUAGUAUUGCUCAAAAAUAGUAGAGGGCUAGGAUGAGGUCAAAAAUUUAUUUUUUGCUUAUAGUCAUAUAAUAUUAUAGAUAGACCCUGUUCAUAACGAAUUUUGUAUUGUGUACAGUAAUUCCAUAUUUUAUUAGAUUUUAAAAAUCCUUUAGUAACUUUUUAACGUAAUUAUGUUGUACGCAAAACUGUCAUAAAUAAGCUUAAGUAACUAAUUUUAAAAUUAAAUCCAAAAUUGACAGUUUUGCGUACAAUACAAUUAGUAUAAAUAAUGUCUCAGACUGAAAUGAAAAUACAAUUGGUAAUAUCGACGAAUUUGUGUGAAAAUACUUCGAAUAAAUUUAAAAUUUCCGAACGAAGAUUUAGUAUAAUAAUAAUAAUUAGAUAGCGUAAAUGAUUUACUGAAAUCUCUUUAAUAAUAGAAGAAAAAAUAUUCUGUGAUAAUCUUAAUAAAUCAAAGAAUCUUUAGUAAAAUGCAUUUUUUAAUAAUUUUGACGAAAUAAUUAUAACACAAGUCAUUUCUUAGGAGAUUUGUAGAGUUUGCACGUAGCAAAAACAUAAUUCGUUUUUAUAAAAAUCUUAAUUAAAAACUGAAUGUACAAUGAUAUUAAAAUUACUUAUUUUAAAAUCGUAUAUUUGUACUGUUUUUAUUGCAAUAAUGUCGGAUUACUUAUAUUAUGCUUCUCAUCAGUGUAUAACGAGUUAUUCUAAACACAUAAAAUAUACUGCUCUAUUUGGAUUAUUUUAUUUCUGUUCCAAAUUCAGUUUGGCUACGUAAUAAUUCAGAUAUUAUGAUCUAUGCAGUUCUUAACCAAUGUUUUUAUUAAUCAUUUUUAAAAGUUAUUUAAUUUUUAUGGCAAAAAUAUCCUUAAUUUCAAUAAAAACUUAGAUGUCCAAAUUACAAAAUGCAUUUCGUCCGUAGUUAAGAUAUAAAUGUAUGUCAUAAAUUAUUUUGGUUUCCAACAGAAUUGAUAUUGUAUCAGUUAAAUGUAUUGUAGGUUAUAUGCUUGCAUUUUAUUUUAUUCUUAUAUUAUUGAAAGUAUUUUUGUGUGUUAUAAUAAUAAUAAUCAUUUAUUUCAACGAAAAAAUAGGUAAUUAAUUUGUUUUAAUGAUCUGUACAAAUAUAAUAAUGAUAUUUUUAAUGUACAAACGUAAUAUUUGCAUGAUAGUGUUUUUCGUUCUUUGCAUGGGAAUAUAAUUUGCCAUUUUUUUAUUGUUCUGAAAUAAAAAAUGCAACAGUA